AAAAUCGAAAGGUAAACGUGCUCGUUCAGAAAAAAAUAAGAUAGUACAUGAAUAUGAUAAACAAGAUGAUUAUGAACAAAUAAAUGAAGAGCUGAACGAUCAUAUGUGGGUAGAUGAAGAGAUCGACGAAAGAGCUGCUGAUUACUUUGAUAUUCUACUUUCAGCUGCACCUAACACCACUUCGACCUGUGCACUUUCAGAUGCAGUUGCAUUGGUACAAUCAGCAGAGGAAAAUAGAGAGAAAAAUAUCAAAGGAAUUAUGGAAGGAAUUAUGGAGGGAAAUACGGAGGGAAAUAUGGAGGGAAAUACGGAGAGAAUUAUGAAGGGAAUUGUGGAGAGAAAUACGGAGGAAAAUACAGAAGAAAAUAGAGAGAGAAUUAUAGAGGGAAAUACAGAGGAAAAUAUGGAGGAAAAUGCAGGAGAAAGUAUAGAAAAAAAUAUAGCUAAUGAAAAAGCAAGAAUGAAAUUAGCAAUCGAGGAACAGGACAAUUUAUUAAAAAAGAAUGAUGAACAUAUGGAUAAAGGAACUAAGGUUCGCUUACAAGCAUCACUGCAAUACUUGCGAUUAAGACACCAAGGUUGGACUAAAAUUCAUGCAAGUGCGACAAUUGCUGGCUCAUUAGGCUGGGGCGAUUAUAAAGUGCGAUGUAUUCGUACAUGGGGUAAUGAAUGGUUAAAGUGGAGAAGAUUACCAAAGGAUAAUCGCGAAAAGUUCAUAAAGGUUCUGAAAGAAUUUGUGGAGAAUGAAGUAUUUCUGUCUUUAGGUGUUGAAAAAAAGACAACUAUAAGUGAAAGAACCGCGUCAACAUGGCUCAACAAGUUGGGAUGGCACUAUAAGGAGUGGAAGAAGGGUAUAUAUGUAGAUGGUCAUGAGCAAGAGGACGUG